GUGUCGCACUUAAAGGCUCGACGCUCAGCCCUGCGUACCCCAAAACAGCGGCGCCAUGCACUGCUACUUCCCUUGUUGACGGCAUGAGUAGUGCUAAAUAGUAUUACAUAUAGCUUGAAAAAAAAAAAUCCAACAGCUAGAAACUGUUUUUGGGAACAUCACGAAACGUUUGCAAUGAGCAACAAUUAUUUUCUGAAUAUCGAUGCAGUUACACGCAAGGUACUUCUUUGGCAUAACUUUGCUAGUGGAAACCACCACAGGUGCUGUCAAAUGACUGUUGUUCGUUAUAAUCAUAUAAUUACUCAAAGAGCCAACAAUUCCAUGUGUUAGGCAUGACAGUGACCACUAGGAGGAGCUCCAUCGUUCAGCGAAGAUGCCCUGUAACAAAGCAACACCACAUCACAGUCAGAUUCAAAAGCAUGCUGCCAAGGUCACUAUAUGGCGGGAGUUUUGUUGCUAAUUUCCGUCUACGUUUUCAAUAGUCACUGCUGAAAAUCGUCAUUUACCAAGGUUAUUGAACACCAAAUGCCAUUAUUUGCCUUUGGGUUCAUAAUUAGUUUGAAAUAAUUUAUCAAUCAAAGGAGAACCAUUAUAAUGUUAUUUAUUAAAUACUAUGUGACACUUUGACACUAUGGUAUAAUUAAAUCAGGAUGCCAACAGUUAACCAUCGUGCCUAGCAGUAAUAGGAAGUGGAAAAUACCUUAUUUAGCUUUAGCUGUAAUGUUAAAAUCACAUUGAGUGUAGUGCCACGUGUCUGUUUUCUCACACCUGGAUUGCAUUUUCUUUAAAGGUUAAGACUGGAACACUGCAAAAAAAAAAGAAAAGAAAAAAAAAGUCAGGAUUGCUGGCUAAUCCAAAUUAGUGUAUUAUGUUCUAUUCUUAUUUUUUUUAUAUACCGUUAUUGCUGUUUUAUAAUUUUAACUCUCUUAUUCAAAUGCAUGCGGGUACUUGCCAACUGUCUAUUUCUGACAAUAGCCUAUGGAUCUCUCCUUACGAAUCUCAUCAUUUCAGCUGAUUCAGUAGUGUCUUGCCAUGUGAUGGGCCUACUCAGUAUAAAUCCUUAUCAAGCCUGCAUUUGUCAAAGACGAUGCUAAAGAGUGUUACUACUUAAGCAAUCAGGAGCUUCCCCUUGGUUGGAUGGGUGCCCAGCUCAAACCUCGUCACCAAAGGCUGCCAUGCUUGUCUCAGGACCAGACUGAAAACUGCUCUGAUGUGGAGGAUACUUUUAUCCACCACAAAAUCAACAGCACAGCUGCAUGGGUAGCAACACAGACGGAAGACGAACCAUUUUUCUAAGUAAAAUGCAGCACAAGUGGCCUCUGAGAAGGUCACUGAAUGUUUACUUUGCUUAGUGAACUUUAGGCAACAAUUUUAUAUAUAAAAAAGGAAAGACAACUGUUGUAUUGUUACUCCUGCAUCAUUCAUGCCUACAUUUGUUGGCCUUGAGAUGAAAUGCUUAAUGUUGCUCAAAGGUAGGUAUAGCACAUGUAUUUUAUUUUGAACUGAAAUCAUCAAGGUUAAAUAUUCAGAAAGCUCAAGGUAAAAUAAAUGUUUUGUAAACUUUAUCGCCACAAAUGAUUUGUGGUACAAAUGAUUUACUGUUGUUACCAUGCUUUGGAUUAUUUUACAUUUUCAUUGUAGAAUCAUGUCUUGGUUAACGAAGGGAAACAACCCUAAGCAAUUUCAUUCACUUUUUGAAGACUAAAUCUUCUAAAAAUAUAAAUUUUGACUGUAUACUUCAGUUUGCAAUAUUCGUAAGUGUCUGGAACAAGACUGUACACGAUUUGUUUUUAUUAUUUAAUAAAGUUUUGUCCAAUGCAGACGUGUGCUUCAGCACAGCGUGACCAACUAGCCCACUGGUCAGUGGAUUUACGGACUAAUGAGAAACUUCGUGUCCGGUGGGCAGUGCGUCCUCCUUAUUCUACUGGGCACUAACUGGAUUCAGUCGAAGAUACUGGUAUCUCAGCCAUGGGACCCAGAAGGAAGACUGGUGCCGCACACAGUUAUUAUAGCCAAUCAUACUUCAACGCUCUCUGUCGAAAGCGCAGCUGUCGGCUUAGAGCAACAUGUCAGGAAACGAUGAGAGGUAGUUAACCUAAUACACAACUCUUAUCCUGAGGAAGUUGUUUCCGUUCAUUAGCCUAGCUGGCUAGGUAGCCGGAGUAGCUACAUUCACUGGCGUUUGUGGUAACUUCACCUAACGUUAGUUGAUUCGGCUGUAAGUACGAGUGAACACGUAUGGACGUCUCCGUAUAUCUGUAGUGGCGAAUGAUACUUAAAUCUUUCGAUGAAUAUCUUGUACACGCACAGCUAACUCGCUAGCUAGUUGGCGCUGUAGCGUUAAAUGUUUAGCUCUCAUCUUUAGCCUUGCUAGCUAACUUAGCUACGUGCUCGUAAAACUAGCUUGCGUUACAUUUUCUUGAAAUUACUGAGCUGCGUAAAAGUUAGACCAUUAACUUGCUAGAUAGCUAUCUAUCCUGUCUUGCACUUGGUAUACGCCUCGAUUUGCGACAAAGUGAACAUAAAAUCGCAUCUAAUCUAUCUUGGGUAGCGUGUAACUUGAUUAGAUGCUUUAGAGUUGAUCUAAGUGACAGGGUUUUAAUUAGUAUGCACUGCAACACACCGGAGACUUUCGUCUCUUAACUCGGCGCCACCGGGGACGCGACAAAAAAUGUCUGUGGUCUAUUCUCAACUACAUUCUCAACUCAAGAGGCCUUCCGCAGUGAGGAAAGCGGUUUUCCUCACCGUCGCCGCUUAUGGGGUAAAGAAACUUUAUCCGUAUAUUUCUGAAAGACUUAAAGGGAGGACUGCCCAGCCUUGCGCGAACGGAGGGCCGCUGGAAGUGACGGAGAGACAGGGAAAGAAACGACGCUCUCCCGCUGUGAACCGUGAGUUCCUGGAGCGCCUAACUCGGCUGCUGCGCAUCCUUUUCCCGCGGAUCUUCUGCAGAGAAUUCGGACUGCUGGGUGUCCACUCAGUCGCCCUUAUUUCACGCACAUUUCUGUCCAUUUACGUAGCCAACUUGGAUGGCAAGAUAGUAAAGACCAUUGUCAAAAAAGACCCCCAGGCGUUUGUCUGGGAAUUAACGAAAUGGCUACUCAUUGCCAUUCCCGCUACGUUUGUGAACAGUGCUAUUCGUUACUUGGAGGGCCAACUUACUCUUGCCUUCCGUACGAGGCUGGUGACCCAUGCCUACCGGCUCUACUUCCACAACCAGACCUACUACCGUGUCAGCAACAUGGACGGUAGGCUGGCCAACCCUGACCAGUCCUUGACGGAGGACGUCGUUAUGUUUGCCGGCUCUGUGGCGCACCUGUACUCCAACUUAACCAAGCCCAUCCUGGAUGUGGUGGUGACCUGCUACACGCUCUUGAAAGCGGCCGAGUCCAAAGGCGCCAACACCACAUGGCCCUCGGUCAUCGCCGGCAUCGUGGUGGCACUCACCGCCAAAAUCCUGAGGGCCUUCUCGCCGCGCUUCGGCAAGCUGGUGGCGGAGGAGGCCCGAAGGAAGGGUAACCUGAGGUACAUGCACUCGCGCAUCAUCGCAAACUCGGAGGAGAUCGCCUUCUAUGGGGGUCACAAGGUGGAGAUGACGCAGUUGCAGCGCAGCUACAACGGGCUGCGCUCCCAGGUCAACCUGAUCCUCUUCAAACGCCUCUGGUAUGUCAUGCUCGAGCAGUUCCUCAUGAAGUAUCUGUGGAGUGCCUCCGGCCUCGUCAUGGUGGCCGUACCCAUCAUCACCGCCACGGGCUACUCCGUACACGAUUCAGAGGAUGUGAAACACGCAGCGAUGGUGAUGAAGGAGGAAGACCUGGUGAGCGAGCGCACGCAGGCCUUCACUACUGCCCGGAACCUUCUGAAUGCAGGUGCCGACGCUGUGGAGAGGAUCAUGAGCUCUUACAAAGAGGUAACGGAGCUGGCGGGCUACACAGCGCGCGUGUACGAGAUGUUUGAGGUCUUUGAGGAUGUUCGCGCUGGGGUGUAUCGGCGUGCCGCCCAGGAGCCACAAGGUGGGGAGGCGGGCAGAUUCGCACGGGAGGUGAAGCACGGCAUGAGGGCGGAGGGAAUCCUCCAUAUCAGAGGUCAGGUUAUUGACGUGGAGCAAGGCAUCAGGUGUGAGAGCCUGCCCAUCAUAACGCCCACCGGCGAUGUGGUGGUGUCUAGCCUUAACAUCAAGGUGGAUGAAGGAAUGCACCUGUUAAUCACGGGUCCGAACGGCUGUGGGAAGAGCUCUCUGUUUCGCAUCCUGAGUGGCCUGUGGCCCGUGUACAGCGGCCUGCUGUACAAACCCCCCCCUCAGCACAUGUUCUACAUCCCACAGAGGCCUUACAUGUCAGUGGGCACUUUGCGAGACCAGGUGAUUUACCCAGAUACGGCCGAGGAGAUGAGCGAGAAGGGCUUCACUGACCAGCAACUGGAGGGAAUCCUGAGCACCGUCAACCUGCUCUACAUCCUGGAGCGAGAGGGAGGUUGGGAUGCAGAGAGUGACUGGAAGGAUGUCUUGUCUGGAGGAGAGAAACAAAGAAUGGGAAUGGCUAGAAUGUUCUACCACAAACCCAAGUACGCCCUCCUGGAUGAAUGUACCAGUGCUGUUAGCAUCGACGUGGAGGGCAAAAUCUUUGAAGCUGCAAAGGACGCUGGGAUUGCACUUCUCUCAAUCACACACCGUCCGUCACUCUGGAAGUACCACACCCACCUGCUGCAGUUUGACGGUGAGGGCGGGUGGCGCUUCGAAAAACUGGACGCCUCCACGCGCCUCUCGCUGCAGGAUGAGAAGCUGCGGCUGGAGACACAGCUCUCGGGGAUCCCCAAGAUGCAGCAGCGGCUGGCUGAGCUCUGCAGCCUCCUGGGGGAAGACAGCAGCCUGACGAGCCCCGGGGAGCCAGAGGGGGAGAGGAAGGGGGGGCCGGAGGAGGAGCAGGGGCCGCAGGGGGAGAGGGAGGAGAGAGACGCCCUCCCCGCCCAACAGGGGAAGAGCCUUAUGGAGUGAUUUGCUGCCAGGUGAUGGAGACAUGUUUGAGGCCAGCUGUGUGUGUGUGUGCGCGCGUGUGUAUACAGCUCGAUAAAGAAUUUCAAAUCAAAAUCAGAGUUCAGAUGUAGUCUAUAGGAACCUUCUUUAGCUGUGCAUUGCUCUGUGUGUACGGAUUGCAUACGCACACACUUGUGUGUGCUCGCACUUGUGCACGGGCGUGUGUAUGUGUGUUUGAAGGCUAGUGUCCCAGACUGUGUGUGUGUGUGUGUGUGUGUGUGUGUGUUAGAGGUGGGGGAGGUAAAGCAGCAGGCAGCUGCCAGCUCUUCCAGGUGCUGCAGAUGAUGAAAGCACCCAUGAAAGCUGCUCCAACGCUUGCUAUUGCAGUUCUCUACAGAAUUCUCUCAUCUCUCUCACCUAGGAAUUGGAGCACGUGUGUGUGUGUGUGUGUAAGUGUAAGUGUAAGAUUCUAUGUGCACAAGCAGUAUGUAUUUGAAUGUGUAACAAACUCAUAGGACUGCUGUUAGAUCACUGGUUGUGUGUCAUACUGUUCAUUUAACAACAGUGAGUUUCUCACAAUGCUGUUAAUUUGUUAGGAUGUGCCACUUAAUGCUGUAGGUUUUAUUUUGUGCCAUGUUGUACAAAAAACAUUUUAAAAAUAUUUUAAAGGCAAAAGGAUUUAUCAUUUGUUUUAUUUUGUUUGUUUGUUUGUUUGUUUGUUUUGAUUGGGUGGUUUGUGAUGAAACUGUGAAUGAUUUUGUGAAUGACAAUGAGGAAUUGCAACACUGAUCCAUGAAGGCUUUCCAUCAUGGCUUGGUGAAAGGUCAUAUCCACUGCUGAGGUCAGUACGGUAUAGUUCGCACAGUGAGACGAGAGUUACUCAUAAGGGAUGCACAGUAACUUCACCUUUGCCAUCCCUUUGCUGUAGUAGAUAUCCAUAGUGCCCUUAAUCUUAAUAAUCCACUGCUAAAAUUUCUACUUUAGUGAAUUCAGUUCAUUUUAAUUAACCCAACUACCACCAUUUAACAGUUACAUUUAAUAGUUUUCAGUCCCAUAAGGCCUUACUUCAAUUACAAUUCAAAAAUCACACAAAAUCUCUCUCUCUUUCUGUGUGUGUGUGUGUAUGAUUUUCAGAUUCCAGAGAUAGAGGUAGUCUUAGUUGCAGAUAUAGAAUGUUGCAAAGAGAAGUUCAUUAGCUGUGAAAACAGAAGUUUAACUACAAUAAACUGCAGUUACUCACCUGGAAUCUUUGGAUUUCCUGUAGUAGAUGUAGAGAUGGUUACAAUUGCAUUGAAGUACGCUGUAGUUUUGUACACUGAAGUGCACUUCACUCCAGUUUUAACUCGGUUCCAAAUGAUGUGCAAACUGUGAUUUUGAAAUACCAGUUGGUGAAACCAGUUCACAGUCAAAAUAGUGUAUGUUAAAUCACAACGUUCCUCCCAUUGGAGUUGCUCAAAUUCAGAGUGUAAACCAGUUUUUUUUUUUUUUCUCCAUUUAGAUUUCCUCACUUCAUUGCUGCCAUAGCAGUAAGUGGCCAUGCAAACACGUACAUCAUUAAAACUGUGUCCAUUAGCAUUAAAAUGCCCUGCCAUUGGAAAUGACAGAUUAUUCAAUCUUAUGUUUGGUUAUAUGAUCAAAAAAACUUUUGUUUUGUUUUUUUCUUUUUUUUGUUUAAUUACAUUUCAUGCAAGAGAUGCAUUAGACAUUAGGCAGUGAUGCGUGAGAAGGAACUGGAGACGAUUAAUCCUUUUGGGCUGGUUAUUUUAGUUUAUAAAUUUAGUACAUUUAGAGAGCUGCUGAAGGAGCUCAGUCUUUGUGUUCUACAUAUAUGUCUUGGAUCUGGUUCUGUUCUGAUAUUAGUAAUUUCAAAGUAUGUUUUCACUCCCAUAUACAGUAUAACAGUAAUUUUGAAGUAUACCUAUUAUGAAUUUCACCUUUUGUGUGCCUUCUAAGUGUCCUUGAGAAAUUUCUAAUGUUUUUCUUCAAAAGAAAUUCAGAGUUUUUGAGUGUUUGUUGAUUUUAAAAACUCAGUCACUUAGCUGAUGUUGGAUAAUUGUAGCCAAAUAUUAAUCAUUUUCUUUAAAAAACAUUUAAUGAAAAUUGCUCUAGGUUUGGUACAUUGAUUUUUAUAAUGGUGUUAUACCCUGAAAGAUUUUAUUAAAAAUGGAUUUUGCACUAGUAAUGCACAAAUACUUUUGUAUCAUGAAUUUACAUGAUGCAUUAAAACCUUGUGAAUUUC